UGCAACCAGAUGCACCUAAACCUCUCCUCUGCUCUCCGUUCUAAACAAUAAAAUCCACUCUUAUCUCAUCCCUCCCCUCCACACACUCCCCCAUCCUCCCCCCACCCGCCGGUGACAUCUACUCACCGGCGGCGGAAUCUAUACUUUCAAUUCUAAAUGGCCUCGGUGUCCUUCCACUCUCUCUCACCCGCUACCUCUGCAAUCUUCUCCACAGUCGCAACAAUACCGAAGCUUGCAAUCUCCACUUCUUUCAGCCCCAAAACGAACUCAAUUUCGUUAUCUUCUCCUUCAUUCGCUUGUUGUUCAAUUUCUAAGAGCGGGAAAAACGGUGGUUUAUCCGCAUUCGCGUGCUCGACGUCUCCGUUUAUAGGCAGAGUGGGGUUGCAGAGAAGAGAAGGGAACGUUUCGUUACUCUCUUUCGGGUUAAACACUAAUGGCGCUACCGAUGUUGCAAAGAAAGAUUCCUCUCAGGUCCUAUCCGCACUGCUCCCUUUCGUUGUCGCUGCUACUGCAGUUGCUGCUCUGGCUCAACCAUCCACUUUUACUUGGGUAUCUAAGGACUUAUAUGCCCCGGCUCUUGGCGGUAUCAUGUUGUCUAUUGGAAUUAGACUUUCAAUUGAUGACUUCGCACUUGCAUUUAGAAGACCUUUACCACUAUCUGUUGGGUUUAUAGCACAGUAUGUGCUCAAACCAGUUCUUGGAGUGCUAGUUGCGAGGACAUUUGGAAUGUCUCGGAUGUUCUAUGCGGGUUUUGUCCUCACAUCUUGUGUUGCAGGGGCUCAGCUUUCCAGCUAUGCCAGCUUUUUAAGCAAAGGAGAUGUGGCAUUGAGCAUUCUCCUUACCAGCUCUACCACCAUUGCGUCGGUGCUUGUGACACCUAUUUUGUCAGGCCUACUCAUUGGUUCUGUUGUUCCUGUUGAUGCCAUAGCCAUGUCGAAGUCAAUAUUGCAGGUUGUUCUUGUUCCAGUCACUCUUGGACUUGUGCUCAAUACUUAUGCCAAGCAGGUUGUGACUUUUAUUCAACCUGUGAUGCCCUUUGUUGCCAUGGUUUGUACCUCAAUGUGUAUUGGUAGCCCUCUUGCGAUAAAUCGGGGUCAAAUUCUGUCCAGCGAGGGUCUCCGAUUAAUCUUGCCAAUAUUGACGUUUCAUGCAGUGGCAUUCGCUGUGGGAUAUUGGAUCUCCAAGAUUCCAGCUUUGAGGCAAGAGGAGGAAGUUAGCAGGACAAUUUCACUAUGCACAGGAAUGCAAAGUUCUACCUUGGCUGGGCUUCUUGCAACGCAGUUUCUUGGAAGCACUCAAGCAGUUCCACCUGCAUGCUCAGUGGUUGCCAUGGCUAUCAUGGGUCUGUUUCUUGCCUCUUUCUGGGGCAAUGGAUUUCGAAUCAGAGACCUACCUUCCCACAUCUUUCCUCAAUGUGGUUCAACCGUUGAGGCUUGAAAUCAGCGUUCCAGCGCAUACGCUGGGACUAGAUCAAGCUUCUUUAGCAGAGGUAUAUAGAUCAUCAGCAAAAACUUUACACAUGAUCCUUCAAGCCAGUUAUAGAUUGCAGCAACCGUGCAACCAUUUGUUUGCUGCAACUUGUGUAGUGUAGAAGGGCUCUUCGAAGUUUUAACCAUGUGUAACGGAACGUUGAUGCUGUAUAUAUACGCAAAGGUAUAUAAGUUAAAAGCUUAUAGUGGAUAAAGAUUUAUGCAUUUCCUUGUUUUGACA